GGUUCUAUCAGACCAUUACAAAUUUGUGACAGGCAUCGAGCUAGCUAGUGCCAUCAUUGUUUUCAUAGUUAUCAACUUUUGGUCACUGCAAUUCCCUGCCUUCAGACCUUACCAGAAAACUUUCCCAUAUCUCUUUUUCAGUAUUUCACAUGGUUGCAGAAGUUAUUGAAGGUUCUGCUAUAAUGGAAAAGUCCAAUGGAAACGUGUCUCAGCUUAGUGUGAAGCAAGGAGGGCCAACCCUGGUUUGUCCUGCCGAAGAGACAGAAAAGGGUCUAUACUUUCUCUCUAAUCUUGAUCAGAAUAUUGCUGUGAUCGUUCGCACCAUAUAUUGCUUUAAGUCAGAUGAGAAAGGGAAUGAAAAUGCUGGUGAAGUGGUCAAAGAUGCAUUGAGAAAGGUUCUUGUUCAUUACUAUCCCCUUGCUGGGCGGCUUACAAUCAGCUCAGAGGGUAAACUAAUUGUGGAUUGCAACGGGGAAGGGGCUGUGUUUGUUGAAGCUGAAGCAAACUGUAAGAUGGAGGAGAUUGGAGACAUAACAAAGCCGGAUCCUGAGACUCUUGGGAAGCUGGUUUAUGACAUUCCUGGUGCAAAAAACAUACUAGAGAUUCCACCUCUAGUGGCUCAGGUGACUAAAUUCCAAUGUGGAGGAUUUGUCCUUGGCCUGUGCAUGAACCAUUGCAUGUUUGAUGGCAUUGGUGCUAUGGAAUUUGUCAACUCAUGGGGUGAAACAGCCCGAGGCUUGCCGCUGACUAUCCCUCCAUUCUCGGAUAGAGCCAUUCUGAAAGCCCGAAGCCCACCUAAGAUAGAAUACCUGCAUCAGGAAUUUGCUGAGAUAGAGGACAGGUCCAGAACUGGUGAUCUCUACAAAGAUGAAAUGCUCUAUAGAUCUUUCUGUUUUGAGCCUGAGAAGCUUGAAAGCCUAAAGAGAAAAGCUAUGGAAGAUGGGGUUCUUGAAAAAUGUACUACUUUUGAAGCUCUUUCAGCAUUCGUCUGGAGGGCUCGGACCAAGGCACUUAAUAUGCUGUCUGACCAACAAACAAAGCUUCUCUUCGCUGUUGACGGCAGGCCUAAGUUCAAUCCGCCUCUACCAAAUGGUUACUUCGGCAAUGGCAUUGUGUUGACAAAUUCCAUAUGCCAAGCAGGUGAGCUAUUGGACAAGCCAUUUUCACAUGCCGUGGGCCUGAUUCAGGAUGCAAUUAAGAUGGUUACAGAUGGUUACAUGAGAUCAGCCAUAGAUUACUUCGAGGUCACUAGAGCUAGGCCUUCUUUGUCAUCCACUCUGCUGAUCACUACAUGGUCUAGGCUAUCUUUCCACACUACAGAUUUCGGAUGGGGAGAGCCUGUUCUAUCAGGGCCAGUUGCAUUGCCAGAGAAGGAAGUGAUCUUGUUCCUGUCUCAUGGCAAAGAGAGGAAAAGCAUAAAUGUUCUUUUAGGAUUGCCAGCUUCUUCCAUGAAGGUCUUCCAAGAACAGAUGCAGAUUUAGAUAACAAGAAAUUAUAUGUGGGAUGCUGUUAUACUCUGUCUUCUAUUUCACUGUUCUAGUUCAAUUCUCUUUGUGGUAUGCUACGUUCUUCCGUAGACAUCUGAUCAGAAAAAGAUAGAUUAUGCCAUGACCAAGUACCAAGUAAAGUUGGUACAGGGUAAAAGGAAUAUCAAAGGUGAAAAUUUCUGCUGUGUGGGGUGGUUAUUCGUUUUUCGUUUUUCUUUUAAUUUAUCUAUAAAUGGGGAUUUUUAUAAAGCUGGAGGCACAUCAAUUCGAACUUGUAUUGCCCAGAAAUUAUGUAUCUUUGAUUUAAAAUCUAAUGUUAUGUCUUACAUUUCAUUCUUUA